AUGGGGAACAUGGACGGGAAAGCGGUGGAGGAGCUGAGCACUACCGAAUGCCACCAGUGGUACAAGAAGUUCAUGACGGAGUGUCCCUCCGGCCAGCUCACCCUCUACGAGUUCAAACAGUUUUUUGGCUUGAAAAACCUGAGUCCAUCAGCGAACAAAUACGUUGAGCAAAUGUUUGAGACGUUUGACUUCAACAAGGACGGCUACAUCGAUUUCAUGGAGUACGUGGCCGCUCUGAGCCUGGUGCUGAAAGGGAAGGUGGAUCAGAAGCUGAGGUGGUACUUCAAGCUCUACGACGUGGACGGGAAUGGCUGCAUCGACAGGGGAGAACUACUAAACAUCAUCAAAGCUAUUCGUGCUAUUAACCGGUGCAAUGAGACGAUGACAGCUGAGGAAUUCACCAACAUGGUGUUUGAUAAAAUUGAUAUCAAUGGAGAUGGCGAGCUCUCGCUGGAGGAGUUCAUGGAGGGCGUGCAGAAGGAUGAGGUGCUGCUCGACAUCCUCACCCGCAGCCUGGACCUGACCCACAUCGUUCAGCUGAUCCAGAAUGAUGGGAAGAACCCCCAUAGCCAGGAGGAGGAGGAGGAGGAGGCUGCCGAGUAG